UUACUCAUGUUAGUCACGUGUACAGCAUGCGAUCUGAUAAGGAACUAAUCAUUUUUCGUAAGUUAUCAAGGAGGAGGUUGUGCGCUAGACACCACAUGGCUGUGUAUAGCUUAUCACAUCGGGAUGCAAGCGACCAGGGGGCGAGAUCGUGAUCAGGCACAGCCCCAUUCAGCGCUUGGCUCCAGCACCUAUGUGGGCGCCGCGGCGUGCGGUGCUGACAACGCUGAGCAACAAGAUCAAGCAGAGGCAGGGCAAGAGGAAACUAACCUUCGAGGAGGGUGAAGUCAGCGGCGAAGAGGAGGAUGAGGUGCUCACUCAAUCAAAGAAACGAGCUGUAAUGCAUGAGGACUCCUCACUCGCGCCGUUAAUAAAGGAGGUGGAGGCUGAGUUGGACUUUGUCCAACUCAUCAACAAACCUCUACCCAAGCCAUGGGUGCCGCUGCGAGAGUUGAAGGAGGAUCAUCCAUACCGCAUCGUCGCGGUGAGGGAGGACACCAAUAAACACGGGCGAUGUGUAAUUUUAAAAAUAAUCAAUGCAGGAAGCAAAUGCGAGGUGUAUCUGCCUCAAAGAUUUGCUUCCUGCAUUGACGCGGGAAAAAUACACCAUUUCAAUGAAACUUGUAAAAAUUAUGUGUUAGUAGUAACACAUAAGUCUCCAAAUUGGACAGAUAUAAAAAUUGUUAAUGCUUAACAAUUUUUAUAUCUGUAUACAAUUCGUUGACCUAUGUGUUACGAAUUGUAUAGAUGUAUGUGUGUGAAUAGUUGAAUAAAAUGUGUCCAUAUUUGAUAAAAAA